UAAAAGAGGUGCGACUAUAGUUGUUUUUUGUUUAUGAAUUAAACAGUGCUUUUUAAAAAUAAAUUUAAUUACAUUAACGAAAAGUUUUAAGAGUUAAAAUCUAUGUGAAACUAUUUUCAAUUGAUCAUUUUAUCAAACUGAUGUGUAAACGACUGAAUAGACUAUCAAUAAGACACAAAAAAAGCUAGGAAAAUGUUGCAAACAGAAUACAAACUUUUUCACGAAAGUUUUAUGAAAAAUAAUAAUGGAACAACAGCAUUCGAUAGCUUUUUACAUAUUCUGCCAUCAAGUUUUGCAAUAUUUCAUACAAUAACAUUAACAACAGCAUUAAGAUUGAAUAACAACAAUAUUCCAGUUAGAUUUCUAGUGGAAUUUUUAGUAAUUUGCGGUUCUCUAGUUCUAUGCACAACAGUCUUUAGUGAUGUUAUCGGUCAUAUAGUUUUGACAUUCGUUCUUAUUACAAUCACCUCAAUUAUCAAACAAUUGCAUGGAAAAUGUCACUUAACUCCAUUCGUUCAGAUUCCAGCGAUUUUGCCCGAUUUUAUCACAGUCGGACGCUCGAUAAUCAGCUUAAUCACUGCCGUGUGCAUAUUGGCUGUAGAUUUCCAAUGUUUUCCUAGAAAACUAGCAAAAACUGAAAAGUUUGGAUUUGGUCUUAUGGAUGUAGGCGUUGGAUUGUUUGUAUUUAGUAAUGGAAUUGUUGUUAAACCGUCAGCCGUUCCAUUCUCAAAGAAGAAAUUUCAGAAACUUGUUGUCUCAUGCCUUCCACUCUUCAUACUUGGCUUUUCGAGACUCGUUCUGACCAAGGAAAUCAACUAUCAAGAGCACGUAACUGAGUACGGAGCUCAUUGGAAUUUUUUCAUUACUUUGGCUGUUACAAAAAUGCUUGGUACGGUGCUUGAAGGUUUUAUGAAGACAGCCGAGCAUAUAAAAUAUUCUGCAUUAAUGCUGAUGAUGUUUCACGAGACGUGCUUACAAUUAGGAUUAUCAAAUUUCAUAAUGGAUGAUAAUGGCAGUAGAAGUAACUUAAUUACAGCAAAUCGUGAAGGAAUAUUCUCCGUGACUGGAUAUGUCUCACUAUAUUUAUCAUCAAUCUUUAUCGGAACAGUUUUAAAGUCAGAUGGACAAGAGUUGCUGAAAGUACGAGAAGUAUUUUACAAAACAAUAAAAUUGGGUGUGAUAUCAGCGUUUUGUUGGAAAAUGAUUUUCGUCUGUAAUGGAAUGUUUGGGGUGUCACGACGAACAGCCAAUAUGGGAUAUAUAUUUUGGGUAUUAGCCAUUGGAACCACAAUGUUGACGCUAUUCAUGGGAAUAGAGAUGUUCAUAUAUUACACAAAUUUUAAUCGACCACAAUGGCAACAACAAGCAGAAUCAAAUACAAAAUCGCAACUUGACGAACCUGAUUUUCAUGUUCCUUAUGUUCCACUUAUCCUUCAAGCAAUCAAUUAUAAUGGUCUUGCAUUCUUUCUCAUGGCCAAUUUGUUUACGGGAAUUGUCAACAUAUGUUUUCAAACAAUGCUCCUGGGAACGUCAGCGAGUAUCCUCAUAAUUACAUAUUAUACGUUUCUAUUAAAUGUCAUUAUGGUCUUUUUAUACGUUAACAAAUUUAAGCUCAAAAUAUGGUAAAUUCAAUGCAAAUGAUUUAAUCAUUAAAAUUAUUAAUUACAAUUAAUUUCGAAGAGAGAUGAGCUCGCACACAAAUCUACACAAUUAAACAAAAAUUAAGUCAUUAUAACGGAACAUUUCAUAUACUCGAGGAAGCGAUGAAGUAGAGGAAAUUAUGGACAAAUAAAGAGUAA